AUGGAGACCGGCGAGUUGCUGGCCGCGGCGGCGGAGUACGCGGCCACGUUGAUGGCCAUGGCUGCGGGUGGUCUCCUGGUGAUGAUGGUGGCCUACCUGUACGAGCCGUACUGGAAGGUGCGGCACGUGCCGGGCCCCAUGACGCUGCCGCUCAUCGGCCACCUCCACCUGGUAGCCGGCCGCGGGCCGGACGUGUUCUCCGAGCUCGCGAGAAAGCACGGCCCUGUCUUCAGAUUUCACAUGGGAAGGCAACCACUAGUCGUUGUGGCGGAUGCAGAGCUGUGCAAGGAAGCGGGAGUGAAGAAAUUCAAGAGCAUUCCAAAUCGAAGCAUUCCCUCCCCCAUUGCCAAUUCUCCAAUCCAUCAGAAAGGGUUGUUCUUCACAAGGGGUUCGAGGUGGACGGCGAUGCGAAACAUGAUCAUCUCCAUCUACCAGCCGAAGCACCUGGCCAGCCUGAUCCCCACCAUGGAGUCAUGCAUUGAGCGCGCGGCUAAGAACGUCGGCGGCCAAGAGGAGCUCACUUUCUCCGACCUCUCUCUCAGCCUCGUCACCGACGUCAUCGGUCAGGCGGCGUUCGGCACGGACUUCGGCCUGUCAAAGCUGCCGGUCUCACCCGACACAAACAAGGGAGACAAGACCGCCGGGGCUGAUACCGGCGUGGAGGCCAAGACGUCAUCGGAGUUCAUCAAGAUGCACAUGCACGCGACCACGUCCCUCAAGAUGGAUCUGUCCGGGUCGCUCUCCAUCCUCGCCGGCAUGCUCGUGCCGUUCCUCCAAGAGCCGUUCCGGCGCGUGCUCGGGAGGAUUCCCGGCAUGGGGGACUACAAGAUCGACCGGGCCAACCGCACGCUGAGGGCACAGAUGGACAGGAUCGUCGCCGAGCGGGAGGCGGCAAUGGAGCACGACCUGCUCGCGGCCCCGCAGCAGCGCAAGGACUUCCUGUCCGUCGUGCUCACGGCGAGGGCGUCCAACAAGUCCUCCAGGGAGCUGCUCACGCCGGACUACAUCAGCGCGCUCACGUACGAGCACCUCCUCGCUGGAUCGGCCACGACGGCGUUCACUCUCUCCACGGUGCUCUACCUCGUCGCCAAGCACCCGGAGGUGGAGGAGAAGCUGCUGCGGGAGAUUGACGGGGUCGGCCCCAGCGACCGCGUGCCGACGGCCGAGGAUCUGCAGACCAAGUUCCCGUACCUUGAUCAGGUUGUGAAGGAAUCGAUGAGAUUCUACAUGGUAUCGCCAUUGGUAGCAAGGGAAACAUGCGAACCAGUCGAAAUUGGAGGAUACACCCUUCCGAAGGGAACAUGGGUGUGGCUGGCUCCAGGAGUUCUAGCGAAGGAUCCCAAGAAUUUCCCGGAGCCGGAAGUAUUCCGGCCGGAGCGGUUCGAUCCAAACGGCGAGGAGGAGAAAGGGAGGCACCCGUACGCGUUCAUCCCGUUUGGGAUAGGGCCGAGGGCGUGCAUCGGCCAGAAGUUCUCCAUCCAGGAGAUCAAACUAUCAGUGAUCCACCUCUACCGGCACUACGUGUUCCGGCACUCGCCCAGCAUGGAGUCCCCUCUCCAGUUUCAGUUCUCGAUCGUCUGCAACUUCAAGUACGGUGUCAAGCUUCAGGUCAUCAAGAGGCACAAAGCCUAGGAGCAUCGUCACAACUCACAAGUUCACAACUGUUCACUUGGUAUGUUCG